GAAGAUUUACUCGGCUCCAGGGCGUGCGUACGGCUCCAUUGGAACGCUCAGAAAGCAAAAACGUGCUCCAGUACGCGACGUAUCGCAGUAGGUCGGCUGGCAUCGAUUCAAUAGUACGUGCGCGCGAAAGACGCAUCUCGCAAAAUUCACGAUGCCUGUCUCCAGUGGACUCAACGGCAAAACUGACUGCUAUCUCCUCCUGCAGGAUGGUAGUGUCUAUCCAGGAAAACACUUCGGCGCCAAGGUAUCCGUCGACGGCGAAGUCGUUUUUCAGACCGGUAUGGUUGGUUACCCGGAAUCACUCACAGACCCUUCUUAUCACGCCCAAAUUUUGGUUCUCACAUACCCGCUCAUAGGAAAUUAUGGUGUCUUCAAUGAGCCUGACCUGAAAUAUAAUUUACCAUCUACGUUGGAGUCUGAUCGCAUUUGGGCUGCUGGACUCGUGGUCGGGGAAGUUUGUGAGAAUCCGAGCCAUUGGCAGCAAUCAAAGACGCUAUCCCAAUGGAUGGAAGAAGAAAAAGUACCUGGAAUCUACGAUGUUGAUACACGCGCACUUACGAAAGUCAUUCGUGAGAAGGGCACCAUUUUGGGCAGGAUAAUUUUCGACCAGCCGCCACCAGACAUGUCGGUGAUAUGUCCGCCCAUAGAAGAUCCCAACGAAAGGAAUCUUGUAGCGGAAGUUUCUCGAUCGACACCGAAAACGUACAAUCCCGAAGGUCGUCCUCGCAUAUGCGUAGUCGACUGCGGAUUGAAGUACAACCAACUGAGAUGCCUGUGGCGUGAUUAUAAUAUUCGCAUAGACGUCGUACCUUGGAACCACGAUUUGAGGACGAUCGAAUGCGACGGCCUAUUUCUCAGCAACGGCCCAGGUGAUCCCAGCAUGUGUCAUGAGACGAUAAAAAAUAUCCAGGCGUUCUUGGAAGAGGAAAGCAACGCUAAGAAAAAACGACCCAUCUUUGGCGUAUGCCUUGGGCAUCAACUAUUGUGUCUGGCCCUCGGAUGUGUCACUUAUAAAAUGAACUACGGUCAUCGGGGCCACAAUCAGCCGGUAACCUAUUUUGACUGUGACGGCAAACGUUGCUUCAUGACCUCGCAGAAUCAUGGAUUCUGCGUCGACACGCGAGGGCUGCCGGAAGGUUGGUGCCCACUCUUCGUCAACACCAACGACAACAGCAACGAGGGUGUGACUCACUCGCACCUGCCGUACUUCUCCGUUCAAUUUCAUCCUGAACACAUGGCAGGUCCUAAGGAUCUGGAAUUUCUCUUCUCCGUAUUCAUAGAGAGCGUGUCAGACGAGAUCGAGGGUUACUCUGAUAGGUCGAUAAAGCAGAGGAUCUACGACAAAUUCACAUUAGAAAUGAAUGACAAUUGGUUUUCGCCCUUCACUCGACCGAAAAAAGUCCUGAUCCUGGGCUCAGGCGGACUUAGCAUUGGCCAGGCCGGAGAAUUCGACUAUUCAGGCUCGCAAGCGAUCAAAGCACUGAAGGAGGAGUCGAUACAGACUGUGCUGAUCAAUCCCAAUGUCGCCACGGUUCAAACUUCAAAAGGCAUGGCCGACAAAGUAUACUUCUUGCCGAUUAUACCGGAAUAUGUUGAGCAGGUAAUACAAUUGGAAAGACCGGACGGUGUGCUGUUGACAUUCGGUGGACAAACCGCGCUCAACUGCGGCUUGGAGCUUCACGUGAAAGACGUAUUUUUGAAGUACAAUAUCAAGGUCUUGGGAACGCCGAUCAACUCGAUUCUAGCUACUGAGGACAGGGGGUUAUUCACGGAAAAAAUCAGAGAUAUAGAUGAGUACACAGCGCCGAGCAUUGUUGUGCACACCAUCAAAGAGGCAUUGGAGGCCGCGGAACAAUUGGAGUAUCCCGUUUUAGCGCGCGCUGCGUUUUCACUCGGCGGUCUCGGGUCAGGAUUUGCGAACAACAAGAAACAGUUGUUGCUAUUGGCCCAGCAGGCUCUGGCGAACUCGAGCCAAGUGAUAAUCGACAAAUCUCUAGAGGGCUGGAAAGAGGUGGAGUACGAGGUUGUACGCGACGCCUACGAUAACUGUAUCACGGUGUGCAACAUGGAGAACGUCGAUCCUCUCGGCAUUCACACCGGCGAGUCGAUCGUCGUGGCGCCGAGCCAGACACUGUCGAAUGAUGAGUACAACAUGCUGCGCACUUGUGCCAUUAAAGUCACCAGGCACUUUGGCAUUGUUGGAGAGUGCAAUGUUCAGUUCGCCUUGCACCCCUCUUCCAAGAAAUAUUACAUCAUCGAGGUGAACGCUAGACUGUCCAGGAGCUCGGCUUUAGCCAGCAAAGCUACCGGGUAUCCCUUGGCUUACGUAGCGGCCAAGUUGGCGCUGGGGAUAUGCCUCCCGGAAAUCAAAAAUUCCGUCACCGGUAAGACCACGGCCUGCUUCGAGCCUAGUCUCGAUUAUUGCGUCGUUAAGAUACCCAGGUGGGAUCUCAGCAAGUUCCAACAUGUCUGCACCAAGAUCGGCAGUUCCAUGAAGAGCGUGGGCGAAGUCAUGGCGAUCGGCCGUAAGUUCGAGGAAGCUUUCCAGAAGGCCCUGAGAAUGGCCGACGAGAAUGUGAACGGCUUCGAUCCUUAUGUGAAGCAGGUCGACGACGAGGAACUGAUGAACCCAACCGACAAGAGGAUAUUCGUGCUCGCCGCUUCGAUCAAGAAUAACCACUCGAUCGACCAGCUGUACGAGCUCACUAAGAUAGACCGUUGGUUCCUCCAGAAGAUGAAGAACAUCAUCGACUAUUACGAGAUCCUGGAGAACACCGACCACACGAAACUCUCGCACGAUGUGCUGCUAGGCGCGAAGAAAAUAGGCUUCUCGGACAAGCAGAUUGCCGCUGUGGUGAAAAGCUCGGAAUUGGCCAUCAGGCUGCAGAGACAAGAGCAUCACAUAUUACCGAUAGUCAAGCAGAUCGACACGGUGGCCGCUGAAUGGCCGGCCACCACCAACUACCUUUAUCUGACAUACAACGGCACUACUCACGAUGUGGACUUUCCUGGCGGGUACACAAUGGUGAUAGGUUCGGGUGUGUACAGAAUUGGCAGUUCAGUGGAGUUCGACUGGUGUGCCGUAAGUUGUCUGCGUGAAUUGCGAUGUCUUGGGCGCAAGACCAUCAUGGUGAACUAUAAUCCGGAGACUGUUAGUACGGACUAUGACAUGAGCGACCGAUUGUACUUUGAAGAGAUCUCCUUUGAGGUGGUGAUGGAUAUAUACGACAGUGAGUGUCCUGAAGGUAUAAUAUUGUCCAUGGGUGGACAGCUACCUAACAAUAUUGCCAUGGAUCUUCAUAGACAGCAGGCACGAAUACUCGGGACCUCACCGGAGUCGGUCGACAGCGCCGAAAAUCGCUUCAAGUUCUCUCGUAUGCUCGAUAACAUCGGUAUAUCACAACCAAGAUGGAAAGAACUGACGAACUUGGAUUCCGCUAUUGAAUUUUGCGAGGAAGUCGGCUAUCCAUGCCUUGUUCGUCCUUCCUACGUACUGAGCGGAGCUGCAAUGAAUGUCGCCUAUUCGAAUAUGGACCUUAAGUCUUAUCUGAUCCACGCGAGCAAGGUCAACAAGGAACACCCGGUUGUAAUAUCGAAAUUCAUCUGCGACGCAAAGGAGAUCGAUGUCGACGCUGUGGCUUAUGAAGGAAUAAUCUUGUGCAUGGCAGUAUCCGAGCACGUGGAAAAUGCUGGCGUGCACUCGGGCGAUGCCACGUUGGUGACACCGCCGCAGGACAUUAAUUCAGAGACUCUGAUGAAGAUAAAAAAUAUUUCCAAAGCGGUAGCAGCGUCAUUGGGAGUCACCGGUCCCUUCAACAUGCAGCUGAUUGCGAAGGACAACGAGUUAAAUGUGAUCGAAAGUAACGUAAGAGUGUCAAGAUCUUUUCCUUUCGUCUCGAAAACCUUGGAUCACGAUUUCGUCAAGAUGGCGACCCGCAUCAUCGUUGGAGAACGAGUCGAUCCCGUGGAUGUUUUAGGCGGCUGCGGAAUAGUUGCAGUUAAAGUGCCCCAAUUUUCUUUCUCUCGUCUCACCGGUGCUGACGUGACGCUGGGUGUCGAGAUGGUAUCUACUGGCGAAGUAGCUUGCUUCGGUGACAAUCGUUACGAAGCUUAUUUAAAAGGCAUGAUGAGCACUGGCUUUCACAUACCUAAGAAAGGCAUCCUACUCUCUAUAGGAACUUACAAGCACAAAAUGCAAAUGCUCCCGUCUAUUAAGAUCCUGAAGGACAUGGGUUACAAACUGUAUGCCAGUAUGGGUACCGCCGACUUCUACACGACGCACGGAAUUCAGGUGCAACCAGUGCAAUGGACUUUCGAGAAGAUUGAGGACAUCACCAUAAACGAGGAUCCCGAUUCAAUGGAGCGUCGGCAUCUCGCCGAUUUUCUGUCACAGAAGCUCUUCGAUCUCGUGAUCAAUCUGCCAAUGAGAAAUGACAGUGGACGUCGCGUUACCAAAUUCAUGACUCACGGUUACAGGACAAGGAGACUUACUGUCGACUAUUCCGUGCCUUUGAUCACGGAUGUCAAAUGCGCGAAGCUAUUGAUCGAGGCAUUGAGAAGAGUCGGCGGACAAGCACCGCGUCUGAAAACGCACACCGACUGCCUGUCGUCGCACAGGAUGCUCAGGUUACCUGGCUUUAUCGACGUGCACGUGCAUACCCGUGACCCAGGUGCCGUUCACAAGGAGGACUUCGCCUCAUGCACCGCGGCCGCCCUCGCCGGUGGUAUCACGAUCAUUUUCGCGAUGCCCAACACUAAUCCGGCGGUGGUGGAUCAUCAGACCUUCGCUCUGGCCAAAGAGAAAGCCGCGGCUGGUGCGCGAUGCGAUUACGCUCUGUUUGUCGGCGCCUCAGCGGACAAUUACAAGAUCACGCCGGAAAUAGCGCCUCACGCGGCCGCCCUGAAGAUGUACCUGAACGAGACGUUUACCACACUUCGUCUCACUGAUCUCUCAGUUUGGAUCAAGCACUUCGAGAGCUGGCCCAAGAGGUAUCCUGUGUGCGUGCACGCGGAAGGACAGACGACGGCUGCGGUCCUCCUGCUGGCGAGCUUGCACAAUCGACCGAUCCACGUGUGUCACGUGGCGCGCAAAGAAGAGAUAGAGAUUAUACGCGCCGCCAAGGAACAUGGAUUGGCAGUCACGUGCGAGGUGUGUCCGCAUCAUUUAUUCCUUUGCCAGGACGACUUGAGACGAAUAGGUGAGAAAAAAGGCCAGGUGAGGCCUACCCUGGGAACGAAGGAGGACCAGCAGGCUCUCUGGGACAACUUGGACGUCAUUGACUGCUUCGCGACCGAUCAUGCUCCGCACACCGUGCAAGAGAAAUCCUCCAGUGAACCUCCGCCAGGAUUCCCCGGGCUGGAAACCAUCCUGCCGCUGCUACUCAAUGCCGCGCACGAGGGAAGGCUGACCAUAAAGGACAUUGUCGACAAGUUUCAUUGGAAUCCCAUGAAGAUCUUCAACAUCCCCGAUCAACGUAACACGUACAUUGAGGUCGAUUUGGACGAAGAGUGGAUUAUCCCAGAUGAGUUGCCAUUCAGCAAAUCGAAAUGGACACCUUUCGCUGGCAUGAAAGUCCACGGUUCUGUGCACAGAGUGAUCUUAAGAGGUGAAGUUGCCUACGUCGAGGGACAAGUGCUGGUUGAUCCCGGAUUUGGUCAAGAUAUCAGAGAUGUUCAGCAUAAGAUGAAAGCUCCGCCAAUAAUUAACGCGGUAGACAUUAUGAACAAGCUACUGCCGCCUCUGCUUGGUCCUUUGUCGCCGAAUUAUGAAAGAUGUAACGCACGCCCUGAUCCCCGUGUUGGUGACUCAUUCGAAGAGGAACUGAUUGGACCGCCUCUUCUGCAACCAUUGCCACACAAGUUCACUCAAGACCACAAGUCGAACGUAUGCUUCGCGCUGGAUAUCGACACGAAGGAACAUUCAAAAGCGCUGCUCUCUCAAAAGAUGUCUCCGUUACCAAUCAGCAAUGCCACGAAGUUCAAGAGCGACAGUAAUCCGAACCUCCUUAUGACCAUUACUUCAACUCCAGCUGUCCACACAAGCCUAGUUGGCCAUCAUGUGCUCACCGUGAACAUCUUUAAUAAGGAAAUAUUGAAGGAUAUAUUUUAUCUUGCGGAAAUCUUUCGCAAUGCUAUCAGAAAAGAGCGAUCUUUGGACCAUAUCUUAAAGGGAAAAGUCAUGGCUUCCAUUUUCUACGAGGUCAGUACAAGAACAUCGUGCAGCUUCGCCGCUGCGAUGCAACGUCUCGGUGGCCGCGUGAUAUACAUGGAUGGUUCUACGUCGUCAGUUCAAAAAGGAGAGACGUUAGAAGAUUCCGUGGCGGUCAUGGCGGGCUACGCGGACGUAGUGGUACUAAGACACCCGCAGCCAAAUGCAGUGACGAGAGCCGCGCAGCAUUGUAGGAAGCCGUUGGUGAAUGCCGGCGACGGGAUUGGCGAACAUCCGACGCAAGCGUUGCUCGACAUUUUUACGAUACGAGAUGAAUUCGGGACUGUAAACGGCCUCACGAUCACGAUGGUAGGCGACUUGAAGAACGGCAGAACGGUCCAUUCUCUCGCAAGGUUGCUGACCCUGUACAAUGUCGAGCUUCGCUACGUGUGCGCGCCUGGCCUCGACAUGCCGGAUCAGGUCAUCAAUUAUGUGGCCCAACGCGGGAUCCCGCAGGAAAAGUUCGCUACUCUGGAGGAAGCUCUGCCGGAGACCGACGUCCUUUAUAUGACGCGAAUACAACGCGAACGUUUCGCCACGCAGGAGGAAUAUAACGAGGUGUGCGGACACUUCAUAGUCACCCCGCAAUUGAUGUCGCGUGCGAAGAAGAAGAUGACGGUGAUGCAUCCGCUGCCUCGUGUCUUCGAGAUAAGUACCGAGUUCGAUACCGAUCCGCGAGCAGCUUACUUCCGCCAGGCCGAAAACGGGGUCUACGUGCGCAUGGCAUUGCUAGCCAUGGUUCUUGGACGCAUUUGAUCCGCGACCGUGAUCGCUCAUCGCCUGUAGGUCAUGGCGCUUCCGCCGACCUGGCGAACAAGGUCAAUAACGCUCGUCAUCGCAGACACACGCCCGCAAUUUCAAUUAUCAGGCUGUGAUACGCUCGUGAGAGCGUUGCAAACCCUUUCGACAUUCCGACCGUUAACCGUUGAGAGUUUAGCAGCCGGUGCAAAAUUUUAUUGUAAAUUUUUUAUACAACAAGAUUUUUGAUAAAACUGUUUUAAUUAAUGGCGAAUCAGGCGAUCCAAUAAAUGGUUUUUAUAUGAAAGUUUAUCUCGAUGCAAUUUUAGCUUCUUCCCGUACAUAUAUCUGUUUUUCAAUGAAAAACGCAUAUAAAUAUAUAUGAUAUAUAGAUAUAUAGAUUCAAAAAAUAAUUUUUGGAAAACGUUUUUUAUCAAGAAUAUGUAUAGAGUGAGUCAAUAAUUGCUAACAACUUGACUGUCUUCGAGGUUACUCUUCUGCCUUGAAAAAAAGAAAAAAUCUGCGUCGUGUAAUUCCUGUUUGAUAAAUCUUUUUCCUACUCUCAUACUUCGAAGAUAUUCAAGCUACUAAUAAUUAUGACCUCAUAUUACAUAUAAGAAAAAUAUCUCAGGGAGUAUUUGAGAAAAAAUUAUCAAUAAAUGAAAUAUUCCGAAAAGAAAUGAAACAAACAAGAUUUUAUAAUCGAAGUACAAAUAUUUGCAUAAACCGAAAAGUAUUAAUGUUACGUACAAAGACAUUAAAUUUUACCAUUUUUAUAUGUUCAAGAAAUAUCACAUACGCAUGCAUGUACAAGAAAUACAUGAUGAAACAUU